AUGGAAGGCGAAUGCUUGAUGAGAAGGAGAGCCGAUGACUGGAUCAAUGCGACACACAUCCUUAAAGUCGCAGGAUUCGAUAAGCCCUCGAGGACUCGAAUACUAGAACGUGAGGUGCAGAAAGGUGUACAUGAGAAGGUGCAGGGAGGCUAUGGGAAAUAUCAAGGAACAUGGAUCCCGUUGCCGGAAGCUCGAUUACUGGCGGAGCGAAAUAAUAUACUGGACAAGAUACGCCCCAUAUUAGACUAUGUUGCCGGCGAUCGAAGCCCGCCACCUGCGCCGAAACAUACGACCGCUUCAAGGCCACGAGCGCCGCGAGGGUCAACUGCAAACAAGCGAGCGGUACAAGAAGAAUCUUUUAACAUGCGAGCACCUCGAAUGAGUGUUCCUAGCUUUUCUCAAGACCAAUAUGACAUGCCCCCACCUACAUUUGAAGAGGAGGAGUCGAUUGAACAUACUACUCUGGAAUCGUCAUCGAUGAUGGCCGAAGAAGAUAUGGUCCCGAUGUCACAGCACUCAAAUCAUUCCAGGAAGCGUAAGCGCACUACGGGUGAGGUGAAUGUUAUGUCAACGACUGAGCAGGAGCAUAUACUGUACGGAGACCAACUUCUGGACUAUUUCAUGACAGUAGGCGAUGCUCCGGAGGCUGCAAAAGUACAACCUCCUGUGCCGCCAGCCAACUUCCAAGUGGAUCGGCCUAUCGAUGAUCAAGGUAAUACGGCACUACACUGGGCUGCUGCUAUGGGCGACUUAGAAAUUGUUCAGGAUCUCCUGCGCAGGGGUGCCAAUGUACAUGCUGUCUCCGUCCAUGAGGAAACCCCUCUUGUGCGUGCAGUCUUGUUCACCAACAACUACGAGAAGAAGACGAUGCCUGCACUCGUGAAUCUCCUCCAAGAAAAUCUCACUUUCCGGGAUUGGUUUGGAGCCACGGUUUUUCAUCAUUUGGCAGAAACCACUCGCAGUAAAGGUAAAUGGAAAAGCGCGCGCUACUACUGCGAGGUCCUUCUCCAGAAGAUACGUGACACAUUUCCUCCGCAGGAGCUGGAUAUGCUCCUUUCAUGCCAGGAUUCGAACGGCGAUACACCAGCACUAGUAGCUGCUCGGAACGGUAAUUUUCGCUUGACAUCUCUUUUCCUACUUCACUGCCGCCGUGCCGGCGAUUUAGUCAAUCAAAAGGGGGACACAGCCGUUGGUAUUAUGGAUCAAGCAAAUGCUCGCCGGGUCGCUCCUCCUCCUCCUUCUAGUGUGACAUAUGUGAACGAACGAGCUGAUAUUGAAACACUUGACGUGAUGGAUACUGAUGAUAAGUCCUUGAAUCCGCCUCCAGCCUCGUCACCUGCGGCAUCAGUCGUGGCUCGUAAGAUAUCGCGGUUGAUGGAGGAGGCACAGCGGAAGCUUAGCCUCGCUUAUGGGAAUGCAAAAGUUGGCCAACAGAGUGCCGGAGAUGUGACGAGUCCCCAGGAAUUGUUCGAGCAGCUGGAAAAGGAUCGGCAGGCACUGCAAAAGGAGAUGGCUGCGUUAAUGUCCCAGGAAGGCGCAAACGAUUCCCUUGCACUGCAAAUGGAUCGCUACAAAGAACUUGAAAGUCGUUGCGCGUCGCUCAUUGAACAGAUCCACCGCAAACAACUUUCCGAUCGCUUUGAUGCUGGUGCCCCCAAAGAGCAAGCACCGCCUUCACACAGCGAUCCCCCAGAUACCCAGGAGCUCCUACAGCGCUACGAGUUAGUGCGUAGGUUAGUGUCAGCACAAGAGGCGCGACGAGAAGCGGUUCGAGAGCUCCUACAGCAGAAGGCCGAUGCCGGGGUUAGCACUAAGCUAGACAUGCAUCGGAAACUAGUAGCCUUGGCGACUGGUCUGAAAGAAGAUGAGCUUGAUCCAAUGGCGGCUGAGCUGGCAGAUACGCUCGAGUUCGACCGGAUCAAUGGGAAAGAGUCGGAAGAUGUAUCAUCUGCUCGGCUUCCAUUCCCUUCACAUGCGAUGCAUUCAGGUUCUACUGUUCCUGUCGAUGCUUGACAAUAUAGCACAUAUAUAUUACCCAACGUCGCGGUUGAAAAGCUUCAUUUCUCUCGUGUACAGUUGCGAAAGGCUCGGUCUCAUGGACUUAUUAUCCUACCAACUGUACUAAGCACGGUUCGAUUUUGAUACUCUACGACGAUUAUCUACCCACUGCCCAUGCCUUCACGGCUUGCUUGUGAUACCCGUUUUAUUCAAUACUUUCCCCCGUUGCUACUACCACUGUACAUAGUUUUGGUUGUGGAGUCUCAUCUUCAGAGCAUCGUCCUGAAGAGAUGGUUGAUAUGUAUGUGACAUUUAAUCCAAUUCAAAUAA